GCGAGUGGCCGUGCUGGAGGGAGGCUUCCGUGGCUGGGAACGCCAGCGAUUGCCGGUCGUCUACGAGCAAUCCAUGGAUGCCCAUGGGCAGGCGAAGGCUGACAAAUAUGCUCUCUCAAUGGGCAGGCGAGUGGCAGGUGCUGGAGCGUGA